AUGGCUGCUUUGAAAGGUUAUGGCUUUUGUGCUAUGGACUCUGCUUUACAAUUCCCCUGUCCAAGACGAUUCAGUGGCUACAAGAGAGGGAGCUCGAAAUGGGUUUCUCCAAAAGCAGCUGUUGUACCAAAUUUCCAUCUCCCAAUGCGCAGCUUGGAGGUUAAAAACAGGACGAACACAGACGAUAUCAAAGCUCUACGGGUGAUCACAGCUAUCAAAACACCGUAUCUACCUGAUGGAAGAUUCGACCUUGAAGCCUACGAUGACUUGGUGAACAUUCAGAUACAAAACGGCGCUGAAGGUGUCAUUGUUGGUGGUACAACUGGUGAAGGACAGUUGAUGAGUUGGGAUGAGCAUAUUAUGCUCAUAGGCCAUACCGUUAACUGUUUUGGCGGAAGCAUCAAAGUUAUUGGAAACACCGGAAGUAAUUCAACAAGAGAAGCAAUCCAUGCGACUGAACAAGGAUUCGCGGUUGGAAUGCACGCCGCUCUUCACAUAAACCCUUACUAUGGAAAAACUUCGAUUGAGGGUCUAAUUGCGCAUUUCCAAUCUGUUCUUCAUAUGGGGCCGACGAUUAUAUACAAUGUUCCAGGUCGAACAGGGCAGGAUAUACCGCCUCAUGCCAUCUUCAAACUUUCUCAGAACCCUAACUUAGCCGGUGUGAAAGAAUGUGUUGGGAACAAGCGGGUCGAAGAGUACACGGAGAAAGGGAUUGUUGUAUGGAGUGGGAAUGAUGAUGAGUGUCAUGAUUCAAGAUGGGAUUAUGGAGCAACUGGAGUUAUAUCGGUCACUAGUAAUUUAGUUCCGGGUUUGAUGAGGAAACUAAUGUUUGAAGGUAGGAAUUCGUCGUUGAAUGCAAAGCUUCUACCUUUAAUGGAUUGGCUAUUCCACGAGCCAAACCCGAUUGGGAUUAACACUGCUUUGGCUCAGCUUGGAGUGGCGAGGCCGGUUUUUAGGUUACCGUAUGUUCCAUUGCCUCUUUCUAAGAGGCUUGAGUUUGUGAGAAUGGUGAAGGAGAUUGGACGAGAGCAUUUUGUGGGUGAGAGAGAUGUUCAAGCUCUUGAUGACGAUGAUUUUAUCCUUAUCGGUCGAUAUUAG